AUGAUGGAGCGCGUGCGUAAACGUGUGUUUUCCACUCAGGGCGCACAUUGAUCGGCCACAGAUGUUCAUCACUCCGGGAAAGGAAGGAGCUUUUGUACUUUUACACCUUAGUGGAAACAAGCAGACGAGCUAACUUCACGUCGCAGAGAUGCCUGAUGUGCUGUAGCUCGGCCACAGCAUUGGUGGAAUGCGCUUUUAGUCGCUCGCAGGGGGUGGAGUUAGAAAGUGAACGAACGCUGCCUACCAAACACACAGAGAAAGGAGGUGGGAAGGAGAGAGACGGGUGGCCAGCGAUGGUUGUAGGAAAGACUCUUCAAAGCGUCGUGAAACUGACUGGUUGGGUUUUUUUUUCCUUUUUAUUUUUUUGGUCCUGCUGCUGACCAUAGAUCGCAGUGAGCAGGCGAGCUUUGCGCAUCUCGGAUCCUUGGAAGGAUGAGAAUCUCUGCAGCCGCGAACAUAUAAAAGUCUUAAUCCGAGGAGGACUAACUCAAAUAUAUUGUCUUUUUUGUUUCUUUUUGUCUUCACUCAUCAACAGCGCGCAACUCUUUUCUAAACGGACUGUUUUUCAUCCUCUGCCUGGACCAGACCGCCACGCUCCAUUGGCGGUCUCAGGAGCAGCAGCUCCCCGUGUGUGUGAGAGAGAGAGAGAGAGAGAGAGAGGGCCAGCUCCUAACCCCCCCUGCCUGAAGCCCCAAGAUCUGUUCAGGAGGAGGGGAGGUUCGUGGUGUCUGGUUUAAUGUGGAAAAGGGAGGAGGGAGGGGGCUUUCGCUGGGAUGUGUGAGUUGCGUUAUUUGGUGGGGUGAAGGGGACCCAGACUGGCCGGAGAGACCAAAAGGGACCACGGGCCAAGAGAAGGAGCCGGGAGCAUGGCUCUGGCAGCGCCGUCUCUCUGGGUGCUAACAAGUCUCACCUGGGUGACUGUGCUCCAGGUGUCAGCCAACAGACAUUCAGUUUACUGGAACAGUUCCAACAUACAUCUGCGCAGGGAGGGGUUCACCAUGCAGGUGAAUGUCAACGAUUACCUGGACAUCUACUGUCCCCAUUACAAUGACAGCCAGCGCAUGGUGGGCACCGGAGAGCAGUACGUCCUCUACAUGGUCAGUUACCGUGGCUACAGGAACUGUGAUCCCCAGAUGGGCUUCAAGCGGUGGGAGUGCAACCGGCCGCACGCUCCCCACGCACCCAUCAAGUUCUCGGAGAAGUUCCAGCGCUACAGCGCCUUCUCUCUGGGCUACGAGUUCCACGUUGGCCACGAGUAUUACUACAUCUCCACGCCAACCCACCAUCAUGGGCGCAGCUGUCUUAGGCUACGGGUGUACGUCUGCUGUUCCACCGCAUCCGACACGGACGAUGAACCAGAACCCACAGAGCCAGACUACACGCUACGACCCGGUCUAAAGAUAGAUGAUAUUGAUGAAUUCAACCCUUUCAUUCCCAAGCUGGAGAAAAGUGUCAGCGGAAGCAGUCCAUCCAGGGACCGCCUUCUCCUCACCGUGACAAUGCUCUUUCUGGGCGCUCUCUUCAUCUCCUAGCAACGGCCGUUCCAUCAGCGUCACCAUGCCAACUAGCCUUGGGAAGGUGUACCCUAUCAGUGGGUGGGAGAGUAGGGAGUGGGUCUGGAGGAGAAGAGAGGAGAACUGAUUCUGUUAUAAGCAUUUUUUCAAGCAAAACCCUGCGAAUGUUUGAGGACUUAGAGACCUUUGUGCACUUGGUGACCCAGGCUGAGCUGUAUUUUGCAUUAAAGUCAGCCUGUUCUCACAGGUGCUGGGUUGACGUGUGCGUGACUGUGUGAUAAGCGAGCCUGGGGGGGGAGCUUGUUGAAUCACACACACACACCACUUAAAGCAUUUAUACAAAAGGAGAUGUAGAAAAAAAAAGCAAAUCCAACCUCCCAAUUGAAAAUCAUUUGAAGACCUUCACUUAGAUCUUAUUGGCUGUAACAUUUCUUUAGGGCUAGUUGCCAUAGUUUCCUGCACCAAGACUUAAAACAAAUAAACUGAAAAAGAAAAGUUUGAAAUGAACUGAACUGAUAUUGCCUUCUUGUUAGUGUUGUUGUUGGACUUGACGCUGGGAAGCUGCCCAGUUUUUCGGGAAAAGACGUCUGGGUAAGAGACUAGUAAUUAGCUGAUGCUUAAUACACGAAAACACACUAAAGGUCAAGACGCCAAUUCUUAGUUGCCACUUUGCUAUGUCAUCCUCCUACCACUGCUGGUCUGCAGACAUCAACAGGACUGGACGGGGUCGAGGAAGAAUCCAGAGUGUUUAAAGGAUUCGUUCACUUAUUGAGAGCAAAAAGCCGACAGGGGAGGGCUUUAAAUGUGCCAUUGACCAAAACAGUUGAUGUUAUAGGUUGCUGUUUUACUUUUCUGUCCGGUUCAUUUAAGUACUUGGUCAUUUCUGAGGUUAAUAAAGCACAUUAUGCUUAUGGAGCAGCCAUGGAAACACUCAGCAAUACGAUGUUUGGAGAAGAGGAGCAAGGACACGGAGGGAGGACAAAGGCUGGACAGUCACUCACAAAAACAAAAAGUUUCUCUCCGGUCCGUGCAGGUCUGGCCGCCUGCUGCGCUGACCCCACCCUCAAUAACUCAAACGUGAAAUGCCACAUGUAAAUGGUUUUCUGCUACUGUGUGUUUGUGUGUGAAAGUGAGAGAAAGGCUGUUCAAGUGUGUUCAGGAGAAAUUGAUAAAUGAUCUGACAGUCCAUCUACAAACUGUACAUCUUGUUUUAAAGUACAACUGAAAAAAAUAUGCAAAAAAUAUUGAAAAAAAUAUAAAAGUAAAGCAACAAGUUAAAUAACGCUGAGGUGAGAAGAAACAGCAAUUUUAACGUCAAAAAAAUGUACCUGUCAGAUACUUCAGAGGAGCAUUUCCAUAGAAACCAGCACCUUAUUCACCAUGGUUACCCUGCCCUGCCAGCGACGGACUCCAGAAGGGCACAGAGAACCAUAGUAGUAGCUAACAACAAUUAUGAAGGUGAUUUUAAUGUUGAUUAUGACACAGAGGAUUUUGGAGUGCGAGCUGAUGGUUGGCCAAAAAGGUCACUCAGGGCUCACCCACCGGCUCGUGAGGCGUUCAAGUACUCGUGUAAAUGUCACAACUGACGAAGAAUGGAAUUUCAAUGUCUUGAAAUGUGAUGUAAGCAUUUUUAUAAACUUGAAGCUCUGUUUGUUUUUGUUUUGACUUUUGGGGAUUUCUGUUAUUUUUUUAAUUUUAUGCUUUUGUUACAUUUGCUAAGCUAUAUUACCGAUGAGAUGAAGAGAAAAAAGAGAAUUGGGCUUUGAAAAGUGGAUUUUAUGGUGGGUUGAGCCAUAUGUAAAACUGGGGUGUUUCCACCCUCUUUGAGACAUUCUUCAGUAAAAUUAACGAUAAAAUUAAUGCACUGUGCAGAAGGUUUGAAGGAGAUUGAUCCCCUUCCCCAUCAUUAGAUGUUAUUCCCCCACUAAAGCUGUUGUAGAACGUAAGGAAAAAACACCAACUCUGAGCAAACGUGACCUUUGACAAGUAAAAACUGCUCAUUUAUAUUAUGAAUAAUGGUUAUGAUGGCGGAAAAAAAGGAAAAGACUGAUCAUCUCAUCUUUAGUGUGUUGCUCCGUUGGGGGAAACUUUGGCUCCAGGUUUGAAUGUAGUUGGUCUUCUGAUAUGCAACCACCAUGUCAAAAAAGGAGCACAACCUGCCAGAUGGCAACAGCCCAAACUGGGAGCAGCAUCCUCUGAAGCAAAGCAAUGCUUUCAUUUACUCCACAAAAAUUGCAAACCUCAACAAAGCCCAGCUUUAAGACUUAACAGAUCUCAAUCCAGCUGAGAUUCCACAAGCUGUCAGGUGUGGUAUUCAUCAAACCAUUAUUUGGAGCUUUAAGAGGUCAAGUAUAAAUUGAAAGAGAAUUGGUAAGAGAUUUUUGCAGCCAAUAUCUACAGAUCCACAACAAAUCAGUUCACUGUAAAAACACUUGUCAUAUUUUUGAGUGUUUCUUUUGUUUUGUUUUUAAGGUACGUUCCAGAACUUUAUAAUUUUUGCCAUCCCAUGUAUAUAGAAAUACAGAUUUAUGUUCUUCUGGUCCAGACAAGAGAUUGUGCUUAUAGAAAACAGAACUACAGUAUGUGAUCCACCCCAGAUGUAUAUGUGGCUCUUGGUGGAGGAGGAGGAAAGGAAAACAGGGCGAAAGGUUAAAUCACUCCUCAAAGACGUUGCACUUAAGAACUUAGACACGAGGGCAAGUGUGUGUACGUGCGUGUGCCUGUGUGUGCUUGCUUGAGCGUGAAAGAGCUUGUGUCUGUUUAUCUCUUCACGUCUGCGUGCAGAACCCCUGUCUGUGUGUGUCUGAACAGGUCCCGGUCUCCUGUUUUUGUGUUCUUUGUUUCAACCGUGAACGGGUGAGAAAGCGUGACAGAUUGUUGUCUAGCAAAACAGAAAAAGCAUUUAUUAGUGUUGGAAGCAACUGUUACAAUCAUGUUUACUUUUGACUGGAAUGACUUUUGAUGAACUUGGAAAAAUUAACUGUAAAGCGAAUAAACCGUACCAGAGGUUAUAACAAUGAUCAUGAUAACAAAAAUAAUAAGCUUACAAAGUUACUUUUAA